GAGUGUACACACCGGCGGAGUGGUGACCGUGAACGAGUUUCCGCAUAGUGAUCUCGCGUCUUGCAGUGCUUACCAGUGCCCCGGACAACUGUAACAGGAGUUGUUGUUGUUGGAACCGAAACUAUAAACAAAGUGCAUUAAGGAUGAAUUCUUUCAAGGUGCAGUAUGUCAUUGCGUUAUGCGUCGUAGCCGCAGUGGGUGUACCUGUUGAGGAUGGAAAAUGGCAUCCUUACCAAUACGGCGAUUCUGGCAAAUACAUCCCCACAGACGAAGGAAAAUAUAUUCACAUUCCAAACCCUUACAUUCACAAUGAUAACCCUUACGAUGGUGGCUUUGGACCAUAUGCACACGACUAUGAACCUUAUGUUGGGGAGGCUACAGUUCAAGAUCAAUACAGGCUGAUUUUGACGCCACCCAAAGACAUCCCCUUCUAUAAGGACGGCUACUACAAAAACAAUGGCAUCAAAAUCAUCAAGCAGAAGCAUAACUACGACGAGGACAAAUACGAUUUUGAUUUCGAAACUGAAAACAAGAUCCGUGCUGAAGAGAAGGCGGUUUUGAAAAACGCUAACUCCAUUGACGAAGGUAUAGCCUCCAAGGGCUUCUACGAGUACAUCGGUCCUGACGGCUUCAUGUACCGAGUGGACUACACCGCCGACGAAAACGGAUUCCGUCCUAAGGUCAAGCGACUAGAAACACCGUACUCCGGAAAGUGGAUACUGGAGAAAGUCAAUUAAAAUUCACCGGCACAAAAAUUCAACUUCAUCACCAUCAGUAUUUUCAUUUUAUGUAGACAAUUUUAAUUGCAACACCCACUGAUUUGAUUGAUCUUCUUGACUGAGUACGGAUCAUUUUUAAAGAAUCAUCAUCUCAUAUAGGUCACGAAUGAAAUCGUUCACGAAUUCGACAUUUAGAAAAAUAUUAGCGUUGAUCUGUUUCAGUCGAAUUUUUCUCAUGUUGAUGUUGUAUCUCAUAAAAGUAUCGCUGUUUAAAUAUAAAGCGUAAAAGUGUGAAAUAUUUUAGAUUUCGUUGCGACGAACUAAAAGUAUGUCUCGUGUCUGUUUAGGUAAAUGUAAUUUAUAUUUAGAAUUAAGUAAUUAGAACAUUUUUAAUUAAGAUAUUUAUUUAUGA